AUGGCCAAAUGCGUUCCUCCCAAAGAAUCAGGAUGGACAUUCUGUCCAAACCUCGCAGCCUCUGCUCUCUUCACGGUCCUUUACGGAUUGAGCUUCCUCCUGCAUCUCUAUCUCAGCUUUAAGACGCACAAGAAAUUCUGCUGGGUCAUAACAAUGGGCGCAGCCUGGUUAACAAUCGGAUUCGCCCUGCGCACAAAAGCAGCCCACCAGAUUACAGGGAUAGGCGACUUCAUUCCCCAAAGUAUAAUCAUCUUCCUAGGCCCCCUCUGGCUCAACGGCUUCGUGUACAUGGUCCUAGGCCGGAUGGUGCACAUGCUGCUCGAGCGAGACAGGGUAUACAAUAUCAGCGCGCGCCGACUGACACUGAUCUUUGUGAUUCUGGAUAUCGUGGCUUUCUUCGUGCAGGCUUCGUCCAGUGGGCCGAUGAGUAGCGAUGAUGCGGAUACGGCUCAGACGGGGGUUUAUAUCAUGAUGGCCGGAGUCGCAAUCCAACAAACAUUCAUCACCUCCUUCAUCGUCCUCGCGAUCCGCUUCCACUACAAGCUUAUCAUCGGGACGGGUACUCGGCAUACCCAGGCGAUUGACGAGCGUACCGCCGUGAAGCCGGCUAUAUAUACCGUCCCCUGGCGUCGACUGCUCUAUGCACUCUAUCUAACGCUCAUACUAAUCACCAUUCGGAAUAUCUUUCGCCUGAUUGAGUUUUCUGACGGCGUUGAGGGGUAUAUUGCUGUUCAUGAGGCGUUCUUCUACUCGCUGGAUGCGAUGCCUAUUUUCUGUGGACUGAUUGUGCUUGCCGUUGUACAUCCUUCCUGUGUGCUUCAGGGUCCUGAUAGUGAGUUUCCGAAGAGGGAGAAGAAGGGGAAGAAGGAUAAGACAGAGAAGAAGAGGCGGAGGCGGAGGAGUCGAGGGAAAGAGAGGGAGCAAGAAGUUGAAGAGGCCGGUGCGGGUCGUACGGAUGAUCCCAGGGAGGUAUUUGUCUCGCAGGUGUGA